UCCUCAUCCGAAGACAUGGCGCGUUACGUUACGUCUACGCAGAACGCGACGUCGCCGAUCUGGUGGUUUUCGAGUUUUUUGUUUCUCUUGUUUUUCGUUUCUGCUCGGUCUGUACGAGGUAUCGACGCGACCAGUGCUCUCGAGGAACAGAUGAAAGUGCUCGGGAAGCAAGUGCAAGCACUCUUGGAACGCAGGAAAGAGGAUCUGGAAAGUAUCGAGUUCAAUAUGAGGAAAAACCUCUUCGCCAGUCCCGAAAUCGCGGACGUGAAACAAGAACUGGCAGAACUACGGCAAGAAAUCGAGAGUCUACGUAGCGGAAACGCAAUCAAGUCGGAAUCAGUGGCGCCUUCUCGCGAUAAUAACGACCACUUGACGUUGAAGUGGCUGUCGAAUAACGUAGCCGAGCUUAAAAUGGAAAUGGCCGAAUUUCAAGCCGUCCUCAACUCCUCCUUAAUCCUUCAAACGCACGAGAAGGUCGACAGUGAGCUGGGACUUUUACAAACUGACGUGGCAAACUUGAACAAGGAGUUGGAGACGGCCAGGAAUAAGAAUGCCAAAUACGAAGCUGAAAUACUCCAGUUGAGGGAAGAAGUGGGAAACCUAAGGGAUCAGCACAAGAUUAUUGCUACAGUAUGCGAAAAGACCAAAAGCCAGCUGAAGAGUACACAAUUAGAGUGGGCCCAUAAUUGGAAGAAGUUGAACGAUUACACGCCGUCCUCUCUUUCCGGCUCACCCCCGGAAGAAUUCAAGGACCACCCAUCCAGACACCAACGCCUACUAAAGAAACACAUAAUCGACCUCGAAAAAAUUGCCAAGCGACUUAACAAACGUAACGACGAUUUAGAAGCGAAAAUAAUUAAACUCGAAGAACAAGUUAAAACUUCAACGACGUUAAAGCCGACACCUGAAGACAGUCCUGACGUAAUAUACGGCAACGAAAUUGAAGAGUACUUACAAAUGAACAAAUUAAAUCCUGUCGAUGGCCGGGGAAACGCGAAUUGGUUUCAGCUCCACGAGAAAAUUCAAGAACUCGAAAGUUUUCAGAAGAGCAACGCUGAUUCGAUUCAGAACUUAAGUAAACAGCUGUCAAACUUCGACAAACUGCACAUGUCGAUGCUCGAGCUACUCGAAAACGUGGAGAAUAUCGAAAACAAAAUUGACCGAAGCUUCCCAGAGUUUAGGAAGGAGAUUUCGAAGCUGGAAUUCCAAAUGUCGGACGCAUUCUCGCAAGUGGCACUGCUCAAGGAAGAUCAAACAAACACUCGCGACUCCGUCAAAGCUAUCAGUGUAACCGUGUCCUAUUUAAAGGAUAAACGUGAAGGGGAUCUCGUCUUGUUGCAGGACGUACAGGAUCAAAUCAAGAAUCUUAAGAAAUCUAACACAGUGCAGAAUUCAAAACUUCACGAUCACAUUUUCAAGGUUGAGUCAUCCACAUUGGACAUGAAUUCCACCAAAUCUACAAUCCAUCUGGUUGAAGAAUUAAAAUCUUUUGAAAAAGAAUACAAAAGCAUCGUUAAUAAAUUACCGCACGAUUGUUCUGCGGUUUCUGGACCGAACGGUGUCUAUCUAAUCUCACCGGGAGAUGGAGAACCCAUAAUGGCUUAUUGCAAAAAAGGUUGGACGACCAUUCAAAAACGGUAUGAUGGGUCGGUUGAUUUCAACAGAAAAUGGAACGAGUAUUCUAACGGAUUUGGUUCUGCCACUGGAGAACAUUGGCUGGGAAACAGAAACAUCCAUUACCUAACCAAAGAUAACUGCAGUACUUUGGAAAUAAACAUGAAAGACAUUUACGGAAAAUAUUGGCAAGCAACGUACGACACGUUUUGGGUAGGAGAUUACACGGUGGGUUUCAAAAUGCUUGUAGGAAAUUAUAAAGGAAAUGCUAGCGACGCAAUGGAUUACCAAAACAGGAUGGAAUUUUCUACGAUUGAUAAUGAUCGAGACAUUUCCAAUACCCACUGCGCUUCCAACUAUGAAGGGGGUUGGUGGUUUUCUCAUUGCCAGCACGCAAACCUUAACGGAAGGUACAAUUUAGGGUUAACUUGGUUUGAUAGUUCAAGAAACGAAUGGAUAGCUGUCGCUACAAGCGAGAUGCGAUUGAAACGAAGACCGAAUUGCUCGUAAAUCAUUUCCUUUUUGGAUACACAAUAAGUUUGUUGAUUGAUACAAAUGGUGUCAGAUGAAGCCAUCCUUUGAUUAGAUUGAAGACUACCAAUGCGUCCCAUAAGUAACCAAAGAAUUGACUAGUUCAAGAAAACAUAGAAUAGUGCUUGUAAUUUAUGGAUCGUUGUGCCUUUUAUGCCAAUUAUUAUUAUUAAUCCAUUCCUAGUUUUCGUUCUUUCAUUAGUUGAUACCGUUACAAUAAAAUAAAUACAUAGAAUUGUUUCGAGAAAACGAAAACAAUAAAAAACAAUGUAUUAGGAACUAAUCCAAUUUAAAUAACUUGUUAUAGUUCUUAUUAAUGAAACUGUAGCGUGAAAUUUAACAAUAAAAAUUAAAUUAAUACAAAGUAAGCAUUAAAAUUCGAAGCAAUUUUGGUACACUUGUCCACGAAUUAGGUAUUGAAAAACCUAUUAAUUAAUGUUUGAAAUUACAAAAUAAUAGUUUAUUUAAUAAUAAUGUUGGUAAUAAAAAGGUUAAGCGCACAGGUCUGUUUCCUUGUAUAUAUAUUUAUUUAUUGUCCUUUGGUGUUUAAGUUACGACUGCCAUGUUUUAAUUAGGUCACUAUUAAAUGUUAAGUAUUAUAUAUGUAUAUUAUAAGUAUCUUCACAAGAAUGCCAUUGUAAAUAACUCCUAAACAUAUCCUUAGAUAGAGUUUAGUCAUUGUACGUACGUUAGGACGUUUAUUUUUAAUUACAAUAAAUAAUUAGUGAUUCCUUAUUUUCUAAGUUCAUCUCUCCACAUCUCUGUAAAUACAAAGUGUACCACAAUACCAAUGAUUU